GCUGUGAAUGGCAUUGUUUACAUCGCGAUUGACGCGAUCUGGCAACGCCAAUAGCAGCAAGCACCACAACGCGCUCGACGCACGUGCGAAUGUAUAUAUUUUAAAGUAAAACUAAAAUAUCAACAAGUUUUACAAUGAAAGCAGACGUGCCCGAUAAAUCCGGGGGCACCGCCCAAGUGCACAAUGUACGCUUCUAUACAAUCAAGCCGCGCGGCAUAGUCUGUUUGGCGUACAGCAAAGUGCUCAAAUGCCUCGCGCUUAGCCGCGAGGAUGGCUCCAUUGAGCUGUGGAACAUGCACUUCGCGCCAUUUCUGGAACGCGUCAUACAGCUAACCCCCGAAUCGCAGGUGGAGAGCCUGGCCUGGGCGAGCAAGCGCCUCUUCUCGGUGGAUCUGACGGGCAAACUGAUCGAAUGGGACUUGACUACGCUGCAACCACGUCGCGAACAGUCACCCACUGGCAAUGCACUGUGGUGCCUGGACGUGAACAGCGCCGAAACGGAGCUGGCUGUCGGCUCCGAAGAGGGACACAUCAACAUCAUGAGCAUUGAGCAGGACGAGAUCAACUACAAGCUGUUGUUCAGCAAGCAAGAUGGACGUGUGCUUUGCUGCAAGUUCGACAAGCCGGGCAAGCGUCUGGUCACCGGCACAAUGGGUGCUGUGCGCAUCUGGAGCGUGGCCAAGGGCCAUACACUGCACACGAUGACACUGUCCGACCGGAAUGUGAUUGUUUAUUCGCUGCAGGUGCUCAGCGACAACACGAUCAUUGCCGGCGAUUCUGCUGGCUAUGUGACCGUAUGGAAUGGCGCGAAUGCGACGCAGCUGGAGUCGUGCAAGGUGCUCGAUCGCAAUGUGUUCGCCUUGGCGGUCAACGAGGAGGAGGAUCGUCUGGUGUGCAGCGGCAUGAAGCCACCCCUGAUACGUGUCCUGAGCAAAACGCAAAUCAAGCGCGAGGAUUCCGUUUGCGAGCGCUGGAUUAAGUUUCUGCAGCGCGAGGUGCACAGCCAUUAUGUCAAAGCGCUGCUGGUCAUAGGCGAUCGCAUUGUGUCUGGCGGCCAGGAUGGCUUGUUGUGCAUCUCGUCCAGCACCAAGACGAGCGCCUAUGUCGCCAAAUAUGCGCCCUAUCUGCAGGGCAAAGCCGCCAGCUUGGCGCCCAGUGGCAAUUUACUGCUGCUGCGCUAUCCACAGAGCUUGGAUCUGUGGCGUCUGGGCGUGCCGCGACCCGGCGAACGCCAACAACUCGGCCUGGGCAGUACGGAGCAGCUGCAGCUGGAUCAUACGCCCGAGAAGCUGUUGCAGCUAAACGUUGCCGCCCACAAGUUUAUACAGGCUGCGGCCAUUUCGCCGGACGGCAACUGGAUAUGCUAUUCCACGGCCCAGGAGCUGCGCCUGAGUCGAGUGCAGCACGAGCCGCUGGGCUUGCAGCGGCUGACAACGGAUUUGCCUGCCGAACUGGAGCCAGCCAGUUUUAUUGGCUUCUUCAAGACACAGCAGCAGCCGCAGCAGCAGCAGCAGCAGCUGUGGCUGAUACACGGCUCCAGUCGACAGUUGCGCUGUUUUAGUCUGGAUGAGCAGCAGGUGAAUUUCCUAUACAGUCAGGAUUUGAGUCCUGAGAUUAAGACGCCAAUUAGCCUGGUGGAGGUGUCGCCGUGUGGCAAAUAUCUGGUGGUGGCUGCCACAAAUCAUUUGAUUGCCGUUUGGCAGCUGCGCGGCAAGAAGGCCAAGCAUUUGCUCAAUUUGCCGCGCUAUAAAGCUGGCACCACGGCGCUGGCCAUGCACGAGAACAGCUCGCGUCUGGUGGUUGCCUACGCGGAUGGACGUAUUGUGGACUAUGAUCUGCAGGAGCGUCGCUUUGUAUGCGAGACCGCUGAGCAUUUUGUGCCCAAUGCGCACUUGCACAGCAUUCGCGGCCUAAUGCUGGAUGCACAAAACCCCAACAUAGUUAUGGUCUAUGAUGAGGUGCAUCUGUAUGUGCUGGAGAGUUAUCAGCCGGAGGAGCACACGCUGCACGCGCCCCAGACAAAGGCCAAGCGGCUGAGCAAGUCGGCCAGCGAUGCGCGCGAGACAGCCAAACUGAAGAGCUAUCGCCUCAAGGUGCGAUUCAAUCGUCAGCAUCUGUUGCAGGUGUGCCGCCUAGGCGCCAAGGAGCUGGUCACCAUCGGCGUGCAGACCAAGAAUCUGCUGGCACCGCUGCCGCCGCCCUAUCAGCGCAAGAAGUUCGGCGUCGCGUAAAGCACACGCCCUACAGUAGUCUCUAGUUAAGUUGUAAAUGCGAAAGAAUAGAAAAACUGUUGUUCUUCAUGUUAAUAAACUGAGUUUUAAGCACA